ACGUCUGUAUCAGGUGUAUCCUGCGCAUCUCUAUCAUACAGAACGAAAGGAAAUUUGUGAAUAGAAAAGAUGAAACUUCUCAUUUUUGUCUGCUUUAUUGCGCUCGCCAGUGCCCAUCCUUAUAGGCUUGGUCUUAGCAAAUGCACUUACGGUCCUGCAUAUUGGUGUGCAAGCUAUGCUCAAGCUGUUGAAUGUCAGGCCAUUUCACAUUGCAAAAACUAUGUGUGGAAGAAGAAGGGUGCUGAUGAUUGUGAUGAAUGCAAAGCUGCUAUUGAGCAAGUGCAUACUUUAUUUGCGAACAAUGGAUCAAAGCUUCUCGAAGUUAUGAAGAAUGUUUGUACUGGUCUUAAUGUGGGUGCAUUAGAGUGCAAGAUAGCUGUCGAUGCAUAUGGAAGUCAGAUUAUCACUUCACUUGAACAAAUGACGUAUGGUGGCGAGAAACUUUGCCAAGAAAUGAGAAUUUGCUCGUCCAUUGAGCAUGUGAAGAUCACCAAGAAAAUUAUGUUGGCCAACUUCAAAUCUCAUGCCAACAUUCCCUCCUUGAAAUCUCCCAGUGCAGAUGAUUGCAUUAGUUGCAAGCUUGUCUUUGCGGAAGUAAAAGAUCUUUUACAAAGUCCAGACAUACAAAAACAAAUUAUUUCUGAAGUGGAAUCCCUUUGUGCAGAAUUAGGAGCAUUCGCUAGUCAAUGUAAGUCUUAUGUUGACGAAAUUCUCCCAUUGGUUUUCACCGAAAUUGCUUCAAAGAUCGUUCCUGCCGAGUUGUGUAUUGAGCUGGGUUUCUGUCAUAAUUCGACAAUAAAAGCACCAAACGUUGUAAAAGCCUUGAAACUGCUACAGCCUCAAGUAAAGGAAUUGCAGAUUCCCAUGAUUCCUGCAGAAGUGGCGUUUACUGAUUCUUAUGCUCACAAAUCAAUUGAACCAUUGGAUGAGGGAAAAUGCGAGCAAUGCAAGAUGAUGGCUAAAAAACUUGAAUUGGCUUUAACUCAGAGGGAAGAUGCGUUCAUUGAUGUCUUGAGGAAAUCAUGUCCAUCUCUCGGUCCCCCGUUGAAUGGGCUGUGCUCAGGGGCUGCGAAAAUAAUCGUUGAUAUGCUCAAAAAAUCUUUGGGCAAUCCUGCAGGUUUUUGUCAGAUGAUUGGGAUGUGUCCCUCCACUGAUGACGAAGUCGAAACAUUUGAGACGUUGCUCUUGAACAUCUUAAAAAGUCAUCCCAAGAUCGUUGCUCUUGCCUCGUUCGAGGGAAAGUAUUGCAACUACUGCAGGUCGGCUGUUGGUGAACUCGAAACCAUCUUGAGUGAUAAAUCUGUACAGCAAGAUGUGAUUAAUUUGGUUGAUACUCUGUGCAUCGAACUUGGAAGCUUCGCCCCCGUAUGUAAAUACUUUGUUGAUGCGUACUUACCUUUGUUUUUGGAAAAGCUGGAUUCCUUCAUGAAAUCUGCAAUGCUAUGCUCCAAACUUGGUAUUGCGAGUCGCGGCGUGCCUGCCAAAAAGCAUGCUGUUGGUAAGACCAUACACGCUCUUCCACUCGUUCCAAGUAAGCCUAGAGCUGAAAUGAAUGUUGAAAAAGAUGAAGAAGUUCACGCUCUUCCACUCAGUCCAGCGAAGGCCGAAGCUGAAAUAAGUGUCAAGGAAUAUGUCGAAGGUCUAACCAUUCCUGCCAUUCCAGGUACUCCAGCGAAAACUGAGGAUGAAAUAAAUGUCAAGGAAUAUGUCGAAGGUCUAACGAUUCCUGCCAUUCCAGGUACUCCAGCGAAAACUGAGGGUGAAAUAAGUGUCAGGGAAUAUAUCGAUGGUCUAACCAUUCCUGCCAUUCCAGGUACUCCAGCGAAAACUGAGGCUGAAAUAAGUGUCAAGGAAUAUGUCGAAGGUCUAACCAUUCCUGCCAUUCCAGGUACUCCAGCGAAAACUGAGAAUGAAAUAAAUGCCAACGAAAAUGAAGUAGUACGGACCAUACGCGCUGUUCCUUUAAUUGCUGAAAUGGAUGUACCGGAAUAUGUAGAAGGUAAAACCUAUCCCGCCAUUCCAGGCACUCCAGCGAUGACUGAUUCUGAAAAGAGUGUGAAAAUUGGCGAAUCGGGUGGCGAAUGUAUCCUGUGUGAGUUAGUGAUGAGAGAGUUGGACGGUCUUCUUGAAGACAAUGCAACCGAGAGUGAAAUAAAGGCUGCUUUGGAUAAAGUAUGCUCACUUCUACCCUCGUCCUUUUCAUCUGAGUGCGACAAAUUUGUGGAGGAUUACACUACCAAAAUCAUCGACUUUUUACGGAAGGAAAUUUCACCUAUGGAAAUCUGCUCUUUGAUCCAAUUGUGCACCACAGAAAGCAAGUCAAAUAAAGUGUCACCAAGGAAGCCAGCUUUUAUAUUUUGCAUGAUUUGCAAGAAAAUCGUCGAGAAUGUAGACAGCCUAAUUCAGUCCGGGAUGUCUUCGAGCGAAGUUCAAGAAGCGAUUCAACAUGUCUGUGACAUGUAUCCUCCAUUCAUCAAAUCUCAGUGCAAACAAUUUGUGUCUCAAUUUACUUCACAAAUCAUCCAGAUGAUAACUAGUCAAGUUUCACCAGACCGAAUCUGCGGCUUGCUCCAUAUUUGUUCCAAGGAAAACGAGUCAAAUAAAAUGUCAUUAAGGAAGCCAUCUUUUGGGACAUGCGACUUGUGCAAGUUUGCCGUUCAGUAUGUAGAUAACGAACUCAAAACCCGUGGAGUUGAGGACGAGAUCGAAGAAGCAUUGGAAGAAAUCUGCGACGCGCUUCCUUCAUCAUUGAAAACUGAGUGCAAUGCUUUGGUGAAGAAGUAUGGUGAUUUGCUUUUGAAUAUAAUCAUUGGCAAAAUGACUCCGGAUGAAGUUUGCGCGGAGCUCAAGCUGUGUCCCGCAGCCUCAGGGAUAUCGAUUGUGAAGCACAAGUGUAUUUUGGGCGAAACAUUCUGGUGCAAGAGUUACGAAAACGCGAAACUGUGCAACGCACUGGAAUAUUGCAACUUCAAAUGAUUAUUAUGAACGGGCGCUGUGGAGCACGAUUGAAUUUUGUUUUGUUACCUAAAUUUUGUCUGCACUUGAUUUUCAUAUAGUCAAUACUAUUGAGCUAUAAUAAUACAUGGAACUAUAUCGAACAUUUAUGGUCUAGAGGAUUUUGUAUAACACGAAUGGAAAUUAUUAAUUAAAUACAUAAUAUAACUGUGGUGUUUAUAAA